CUCAAAAUGUCAGCUUUAACUGAAAUCAUUAACUCUUAUAAAAACAAUGCACCUAGAGAUAUUCCAAUGCGCAUAAAAAUUUGGUCACAAUUACUACAUUGUAAACAACAUACUAGCUUGUUUGACAAUUCUUUAGCAUGGUCAACUAUAGAUGAAGCAGAUUUGGUAACAUGGUGGAAAGGGAAUUUUUCAUUAGUUGCCCCUGAACUGACUAAUCUUGCUGUACAAAUUCUUUCAAUCAUACAUCUUCAGCAGCACCUGAAAGAAAUUG